AUGAUGCCAAAUGGAUCACGUCAAUCGGGUAUUUGUCUGAGAUAUUGUUUAUGUGGAUUUGCUAUUGCAUUGAUAUUGUCAAUAUUUGGACCUGCUUUAUAUUGGAAGGUGAAGAAGGGUACAAAGUUGGGAUAUCAUACUUCUACUUCUUGUCCACCUUGCAUUUGUGAUUGUCCACCUCCUUUAUCUAUCCUUAAGAUUGCUCCUGGCUUGGCCAACCUUUCAACUGAAGAUUGUGGUAAAAGCGAUCCCGACCUACAAAACGAAAUGGAAAAACAAUACGCAGAGUUAUUAAUGGAGGAGUUGAAGUUACAAGAGGUAGUUGCACAAGAACAUAUUCGUCACAUGAAUGCAACAUAUAGAGAGGCACGUAGAGUAGCUUCUCAGUAUCAACGUGAAGCUGAAAAAUGCACUAUUGCCAUCGAAACAUGCGAAGAGGCUAGAGAACAUGCAGAGGCACUUAUACGAAGAGAGAUGAAGCUUGCUUUCCUGUGGGAGCAACGAGCUCAUAAAAUGGGAUGGGAAGGAGAAUAA